AUGGCUUUCGCGAUAAAAUAUGCCAAAGUUAUCAGAAAUAACUGGAAAAAAUCAGUGGUUGCUGUCGUUUCUGCAGUUUAUGGCGGAAAAUAUGCGAAAGGGAAAUACGAUCAGGAGUGGAUACGAAGGGAAUUCUGUGCUGAGGCUUUGAAAUAUGGUAGUGCAAAGAUAAGCAUUAAAGAAAGACCAAGGAAAAUCACUGUAUUCCUGAACCCUGCAGCAUCAGGCGGAGGUGCUUUGAAAGUGUUCGAGAAGAAUGCAGCACCUAUAUUACACGCAGCUGGAUUGGAUGUCAAUGUUGUUAAGGUGGAAUAUGAAGGCCAGGUUAAAAAAUUCCUGUCUAUCAUGGAAAGGUCGGACACAGAUGGUAUAGUGGUUGCAGGAGGUGAUGGCACACUACUUGAGACUGUCACCGGGAUCAUGAGGAAGGAAGAUAAGACAUUCAGACAACACAUUCCAGUAGGAGUUAUUCCCCUUGGUCUUAAAAAUCGUUUUGCCAAGUUGCUGUUUGGUGGUGAUAAAGAUGAAGUUCUACUGAUGUGUGAAUGUGCCAUGUCCAUUGUCCGAGGUCUUGGCAGAAGUGUCGAUAUCAUCAGUCUCAAGGAGGAUAAUGGAAGAACAGCAUAUGCAUUGUGUGGACUUGAAACAGGUGCUUUCAUGGAGGCAGAACAGCGAAAGUCAAAGUAUUGGUACUUUGGAGGGUUAAAACAUCGCAUGACUUAUAUUAGGUCAGCAUUCUCUGACUGGCCACCUGUUUUCAAGGCUAAAAUAUCAUACGUUCUAGCGACAGAGGAGAACACAAAACCAAAAUCCGGACAACAGAACCAACAGCCAAAUGAACAGCCAAAGGGCAGUUGGUUUUCAAUGCUUUUCAAACCCAAGAUCAUCAAACCUCAUGUUGAGUUGACAGAAGAAGAGACUGAUGAUGAAAAUGAUAUGAUGGAGACAAGGGACUUAUCAGCAGUAGAAUUGACAACUGUAUCUACUUGUUUACAGGACCCAGAACAGACUGUGAAGGGGCUGGAGGUAGGAAUUGGACCAGCUGAACCAUCCGUCUGGGAAUUUAUCACUGAAGGUUGGCGCAGAGUAAGUGAACCAUCCCUGAGGCUGGGUACAAAAUCAAACGAGACCAUGCUUGUUAAGAAAAUCAGAAUAGAACCAGAGGAUGCAACAAAAUUUUACAGUAUUGAUGGCGAGCUAUUUGAAUCUGUACCAGUCACGAUAGAAUUACUGAAGAAAAGAAUAAAAUUCUUUUGCGUGGAUCCAGACUUCAAGAUAAGCUGACCAGACAAAUAAAGAACUAAUGAAGCAUUCAUACAUCUGGUGUGAAAGAGCACACACAUCAAUGUGAAUAUACAUCAGCGUGUGAUUGAUUAUCAAUGAAUGUAUUAGACUAUAUGUACACAUAUUUUGUUGUCAUAUGACUGCCAGAUGACCAACGUGUGACCAUCAAUAUUGCCUGUUAUAUCAUUAAGAACAAGUGAAUUUUGUUCAGUCCAAGUAAGCUUAUUUGAUUAGUUGUUAGUGAAAUGUUUUGUAUUAAUGUGACUUAAAAUGUUAGUGUAUGUAAAAGAUCAUUAUAGAACAAGGGAAAUUAUUUUGCAGUUUUUUGUGGGUAUUUUUUUUUUUAAAUACUUCAAUGUAUGUAAUAAACAGUGUGUAUGUCAAAUAUUUCAACAGUUUUUUAUUGGAUAUGAUAACUUUCUCUUCAGAAUUAUUCAUUUAAGGAACAGAUUCUUCCUUACAAUAGAUACAGUGAAAUGGAUUGAUGGUAACUGAAGUGUAUAAAGUAGGUUUGAAUAUGUGGAUAUUGAUACAUAUGUUGAGAUUGUGUUAGCGACAUAGACAUAGGGAAACACUCGGGCAAAUGCAUCAAGAAAGCUCUUUCAGAGUACCAACACUACACGCUACAUGGAAACAGUUUUCAUGCAUUUUCCACCUGCGCUUUUAUCAUGUUUGAUAAACAAAACGCAUGAUGUGCCAGAACAUUUUGUUGGUUCACUGUCACGUGUAUAUUUAAUUUGCCAUUUUAUCAUGAAAUAAAAGACAAGAUUAAAAGG